CUUCCAGUACCAUCAGCUUCAUCUUCGAGUUUGCCGAAACUGACCCAGAAGUGCUUAUUGAGGAUGACAACGGAAACCGAGUACAAGGAACUGGUAACCAGCGUAACCAGGUGGCCUUUUGUUCAUCUCUGACAGAGAAUAAUUCAUACAUAACCGCUGAGAAAUCACCAAAAGAGGAAUCUGGAUUCUCAAGUAAUGGUAAUGUUACACACCAAACAAUAUCAAGCAAUGUUGUUGGAAAAAUUAAACGAUUUUCGGCUGGGAGAAAAUCUCAAGAAUCAAAUUUAAUACAAACAUCAAUUUUUGAUGCAGAACAACCAUCAACUGUAAAUCCACCUCAGACAUCAAUUUCAAAAUCAAAAGAAACUUCAGUCAUGAAUGUGCUGCAUUCAUCAACAUCUAAUUCACUUCCACAAGCAACUUCAAGUAGAGGCCACAGGCCAUCAACAGCUACUAUGAACUUGUCAAAUGGUGUAAUGAUACCAAGACCUUUAAACUUCCAAAUUCCAAGGAAAGAUGUUUGCAGAGAGAAAAUUUCCAAAAAGAGACAGUUAGGAAUACCAGACGUGGUUAAAACUGGCCCAAAUAACAAUAACCACAAGACCAUUAUUUGUGAAGAGGACAUUUCCAACAAGAGACAGCAACAAGAACUAGUAAUGGCAAAAACGUUUGCAAUUAACAACAAACACAAGACCAUUGAAGCUAAAAGAAGCCAGUGUGGUCAGAUAACCAGUUCUACCAAACUGGCUCUUUUGAACUUUUUGAAAAAGAAAUCCUCUGGAAAUGGUGUAGUUGCAGAUGUUGAAAAUGAGGGAACUGAUCUUGAGGAGCAAAUUGUUUCAAUUGUUCAAAAAGAGAGCAGUGGUGUUGAAAUAGAAGAACCUCAUUCUGAUGAGAUGCCCAGUUGUGAGAAUGAGGUGGAACAGAUAUCCACAAGAACAGUUUUCCAAGAAGAAGUUCCUACUGCUGAAUUCAGCAGCACAAACCAAGUUCAAAGUGACCAGAAUGCUGAUAAGACAUCUGAUCAGGAUGGUUUGAAUGAAGCACAAAGUGACAAUGCCAAUCAGUUAGAUGUUGUUGGAUUGAACACAGAAAAUGAUGAAGAACGCAAGAAAGGGGGCAACAAUUCUCAAACUGUACCAAAAGAAGCAGACAACACUACUGCUGAUGUGCUGCUCUGUGAUGAAUCAACUCCUUCCAUUCAUGAAAUAGAUGUCGUUGUCCAUCCCUCUCUCCUGCAACCAACAGAAAACGGUGAAAAUAUGAAGAAAAUUGAGAGACAGAAAGGAACAGGCGUCAAGAAAAAGAAGAAAAAUAAAUCUUUGGAGUGCAAAGAAUGUGGAAAAAUGCUGGCAUCAGCUACGACAUACUUGGAACACAUGAAUAUUCACUAUGAUCGAAGACCGUACAAGUGCGAUGAAUGUGGCAAAUCUUUCCGCCAGCGACACCAUAUUGAUCAGCACAAAAUUGUGCAUACCGGGAAGAAACCCUUCGUUUGUCAAUAUUGCGAUAAAGCUUUCGCCAGGAGCUACAACAUGAAAGAUCACGAGCGAAUCCAUACUGGAGAAAAGCCUUGUAAAUGUAGUCAUUGCGACAAAACGUUUCGUCGUCGGCGCGGUUUGAGGGAACACGAAACAAAUGUUCACCAUCUUCAUAUGCCACGCAAUAAGCUUGGGAAUUUGAAAGAAAAAAAGGUUUAUACAUGUAAGAUCUGUGCCAAGACGUUUACGUGGUCAAGUGCGCUUUCUACCCAUAAGAAAACUCAUUCUGAUAUUGCGCGAUAUAAAUGUCCCAAAUGCAAGAAGGCUUUCAAGAAUAACAGUUUAUUAUGGAAUCAUGUGAAAACCCAUUCAAAGGAGAAGCCAUUUGAGUGCGAUAUUUGUGGGCAAAGGUUAAAACGGCGAGGAAAUCUCAAAAGACAUAUUUUAACCCAACAUGAGCCAGAGGUGGCCGAAGAAUGUCUCAAAACCAGCAAAGAGUUUGAAUACUUGCGUCGGAAGAAAUCUGGCUGAAGUGAUUUGCUUUGUAGCUCGUCCUAUUUAGACAACAUAUAUUUUUGAAUGUCCAUGGUUAUGCUUGGAGGGAAGCAGUUCUGUUCUUGUACAGUCGGUCGAGUCUAUGAAACAUUCAACAAUUCACGACACGCAUAAAUGUGGCUUUGCAAUCACAGGAUGUAUUCCAUUAAAAAAUUGUGGUUGAGAAAUGAUGUGAUCACAUUUUACAGCAGCAGGAGAUAUUUUUUGCCAUUAUAAAGAGGUCAAAACUUGCAUCUCUAAACUCACAUGAAUUGUUAUGUUUAAAUGUUUCAAAAGAAUUUGUUAGAGCUGA